AUGAGCCAUGCACCUUCAAGGCAAGAUGGAUUAGGGAAAAACUCCAGGUCGAAGGUUCAGAACAUUACGGGUGAACAAGUUCAGAGACUAAUUGCCAAGCUUGAUGUGAUUUCAAAGUUUCUACCAAAGGUUCCUUUUCAAGAAAUCUUAACAUCGCAAGACUACAUUAUUGGAGAAGCCAAUGUCGACAACCAAGGGGAAGAAGGUGGCAAGCAUGUCCUCCAAGAAGUUUCCAUCAUUGGCCACUUGCGACGCAUAAAUGCUUUGAAUAGCGAAACUACUCGAGCUAUUGAACUCGGAGCAGGAACCGCGAGAUUAUCCGACAGAUUGCAGCGUUCCACGAAUGCGACAUUGGAUCAUAUCAUGAUUGACCGCCAAAACUUUGCACAGAAUCACUGCCGAGAUCGUCAUUUGUUGGCAAGAUCCGAGAAGAAGGUUAUAGAACAAGCACGAGAGGAGAAAACAAGAGAAGAAAAAGCUCCCGUCAUAGAACGCGUCAUCGUCGAUAUUGGAUCAUUGCAGCUGGAUCACUACUUCGACAACUGUGACGAUGGACAAGUGGGGAAGAAAACACUCUGCAUGUCCAAACACCUCUGUGGUCCAGCCUGUGACUUGACUCUACAUGCACUAUCGAGGUCAGUGCAGAACUCUGGGCAGUGCCCCCCUCCACCAACUGCCAUUGCUACCUGUUGCCACUACCUUUGCACGUUUGAUAGCUUUUCGGGCAGGGAGUUUUGGGAAUCAACCGGUUUGUCAGAGGAAGAUUUCGUCGUCGCUACUGCUGUAAGUCAAUGGGCAAGUCUUCAGGAGAAGAAGAAUAAAUCAGCAAAGAGGAGAAAAGCAGAGAAGGGCGACACGACAGCUGGCACCAAAGAUUCCCGAAACAUUCCACAACAACACGCCACCAGUCUAUCCGAUUCAGAGGCAAGCACUUUGCCAGAUCUCUUCUCAGUCGCAUCACUUGCCAAGAAAAACCUUGAGAAAGCAAUGGAAGACCUAGAAAAGGAUUUCAUUCCCUCACAGGAGUUCGAGAGGCACUUCACGAGAGAAGAGAAAUCUCUGCUUGGAAUACGGAUAAAGCAACUGUUUGAUCUAUCGCGUGCUGCUUUCUGCCAGCAGCAACUGGGCUACAAGAGUGCAGAACUAGUUAUAUAUACUACACGAUCAACUGAGAACCGAUUGCUAGUUUUGCACUAG